UUAAAAGUCAAAGUGAAAGUAAAAUCCACAGGCUUGUUAUGAAAGCAGAAACAUCUUAACACGAAUAUCAAAGUGCUGAGUUUUCUUCAUUUCGAUUUUCUUGAUGGGACUUAACAGAUCUCGACAUUAUGAAGACCACACAUCUUUAGAUGUGUUUCCACAGAAUUCAGUCUAGAAGCAAAGGCCAAAUUCAUCUGAACCCAGCUGUGUGUCCGUGAAGAGUGACCGGUCAAUGGAUCCUCCAGAUAACUUCAGUGGACAGAGCGGUCCUAUGUUUAGUUCCGUCCAGAAGCAAAGACGAGGGUCAUCUGAACCCAGCUGUGUGUCCAUGAAGAGUGACUGGUCAAUGAAUCCUCCACUUAACUUCAGUGGACAGAGUGGUCCUAUGUUUAGUUCAGUCCAGAAGCAAAGACGAGGGUUAUCUGAACCCAGCUGUGUGUCCAUGAAGAGUGACUGGUCAAUGAAUCCUCCACUUAACUUCAGUGGACAGAGUGGUCCUAAGUUUAGUUCAGUCCAGAAGCACAGACCAGAGUCAUCUGAACCCAGCUGUGUGUCCGUGAAGAGUGACCAGUCACUAGAUCCUCCACGUAACUUUAGUGGACACACUGAUCCUAAGUUUAGCCAUCAACAUGCUGAAGCCCUCAAGACAUUCAGAUCAAAUCUAAGGAAGAAGUUUGAGUGUCUGUGUGAGGGAACAGCGACGCAGGGAAACCCAACACUGCUGAGUGAGAUCUACACAGAGCUCUACAUCACAGAGAGUGAGAGUGAAGAGAUCAAUAAUGAGCAUGAGGUGAGACAGAUUGAGACUCGAUCCAGGAGAGCAGCAACAGAGGACACAGCCAUCAAAUGCAGUGACAUCUUCAGACCUUUACCUGGACAAGACAAACCCAUCAGAACUGUGCUGACAAAGGGAGUCGCUGGCAUUGGAAAAACAGUCUCUGUGCAGAAGUUCAUCCUGGACUGGGCUGAAGAGAAAGAGAAUCAGGACGUCCAGCUCAUAUUUCCACUUCCUUUCAGAGAAAUCAACUUGAUGAAGGACAAAACACUCAGUCUUUCGGAUCUAAUGCAUAUUUUCUUUCCUGAAACCAAAGAAAUUAAACCAUUCAGUGGUGAAUAUAAAGUUGUCUUUGUUUUUGACGGUCUGGACGAGUGUCGUCUGUCUCUGGAUUUUCAGAGCAAUGUGAGGUUGUGUGAUGUAAGUGAAUCAGCCUCAGUGGACGUGCUGCUGAUGAACCUGAUUGCUGGGAAUCUGCUUCCCUCUGCUCUCAUCUGGAUCACCUCCAGACCAGCAGCAGCUGAUCUCGUCCCCUCUGAGUGUGUCCAUCGAGUGACGGAGGUGCGAGGCUUCAAUGAGCCACAGAAGGAGGAGUACUUCAGGAAGAGAAUCAGUGAUCAGAGUCUGGCCAACAGGAUCAUCUCACACCUGAAGUCAUCCAGGAGCCUCUUCAUCAUGUGUCACAUCCCAGUCUUCUGCUGGAUCUCAGCCACUGUUCUAGAGAAGAUGAUGAAGAAAUCAUGGAAAGGAGAGAUUCCCAAGACUCUCACUGAGAUGUACACACACUUCCUGAUCAUUCAGACCAACAUCAAACAUGAGAAGGACUAUGAGAUGAAAGUGAAGGAUGAAGACAUGAUAGUGAAACUGGGAAAACUGGCUUUCCAGCAGCUUGUGAAAGGAAAUCUGAUCUUCUAUGAGGAAGAUCUGAGAGACUGUGGCAUUGAUGAGACUGAAGCAUCAGUUUACUCAGGAUUGUGCACUCAGAUCUUCAGAGAGGAGUUGGGUUUGUAUCAGGGAAAAGUCUUCUGCUUUGUUCAUCUGAGCAUUCAGGAGCAUCUCGCAGCUCUUUAUGUGCUGCUUUCAUUCCUGCUGGACAAGAGAGAUGUGCUCAAUGAAAACCUCAGCUCAAAUCAUGCACACGAGUUCACAUGUCACACAAUAUCUGACCUGCAUCAGAGAGCCGUGGACAAGGCUUUACAGAGUAAAAAUGGACAUCUGGACCUUUUCCUCCGAUUUCUUCUGGGUCUCUCGCUGGAGUCCAGUCAGACGCUCCUUAAAGGUCUUCUGACACACGUUGUAAACAUCUCAUACAGUGAAGAGAAAACGAUUGAGUACAUUAAAACAAGAAUAAGAAUGAAUCCCUCACCAGAGAAAUCCAUCAAUCUGUUCCACUGUUUAAAUGAACUGGGUGAUCAGUCUCUCGUCAAUGAAGUCCAGAAGUAUGUCAAAUCUGGAGGUUUGUCAGGCGUCAGAUUGUCCUCGACACAGUGGUCAGCUGUUGUCUUUGUUUUGUUGACCUCCGAGCAGUUGGAUAAAUUUGAUUUGAGUAAAUACAUUAGCAGAGAGCAAAACCAAAACCUCAUGACACCUGAUGAAGUUCUUCUGAAGCUCUUGCCUGUCGUUGAAGCCUCCAGAUCAGCAGAGUUGAGGGAGUGUGGCGUCACAGAUGAAGGUUGUGCUGCUCUGAGUUCAGCUCUGAGAUCAAACUCACAUCUGAGAGAACUGGAUCUGACUGGGAAUAAACUAGGAGAUGCAGGUCUGAUGCUGAUCUCUGAUGGACUGAAGGAUCCUCGCUGUAAACUGGAGAAACUCACGUUGUGGUCUUGUGGCGUCACAGAUGAAGGUUGUGCUGCUCUGAGUUCAGCUCUGAGAUCAAACUCACAUCUGAGAGAACUGGAUCUGUCUGGGAAUAAACUAGGAGAUGCAGGUCUGAAGCUGAUCUCUGAUGGACUGAAGGAUCCUCGCUGUAAACUGGAGAAACUGUGGUUGAGUUAUUGUGGCGUCACAGAUGAAGGUUGUGCUGCUCUGAGUUCAGCUCUGAGAUCAAACUCACAUCUGAGAGAACUGGGUCUGACUGGGAAUAAACUAGGAGAUGCAGGUCUGAAGCUGAUCUCUGAUGGACUGAAGGAUCAUCGCUGUAAACUGGAGAAACUGUGGUUGAGUGAUUGUGGCGUCACAGAUGAAGGUUGUGCUGCUCUGAGUUCAGCUCUGAGAUCAAACUCACAUCUGAGAGAACUGAGUCUGUCUAGGAAUAAUCUAAGAGCUGCAGGUCUGAAGCUGAUCUCUGCUUUAAAAGACGAUCCACAUUAUAAACUGGAAACACUGCACUGUUAAAUGAUGGUGAAUAUGGAUCACGACAGACACAUUGAAGCCCACAGAAACAGCAGAACUGAAGUCACGGUGAUCCAGCGCUGAAGUGUGUGUGUGUGUUACAGGAGUUUACAGAGGCACUGUCACGAUUUCUGGGAUUUUAACAACACCAGCUGCACACAGACAAGAGCAAGACAAAAUUUAACAUUUAUAAAGUGUCUUUUAUUUUUAUCUAUUCACAAUAAAAACUCAAAAUUGAAGAAAAACAGGACGCUCUUUCUGAUGCCUCCAGUCUCAGAUUUUUUUCAUCUGGAGCACAUCACAAAAAUGAACAAACAAAUAAAAAAUAAAACUUUCUAUUGCUUCACACACGAGAGCUCUCCAGCAGAUCCUGAACAGUGAGGAAGAAUUCAGCUUCACAACAAGACUGUGAUUGUGAUUAUGAUUGUGAUUAUGAUUACGAACGGUUGUGUUUUGAAGAGUGACAUGAUCCAGCAGAGGAUAUCAUUUCUUAUGAGGAAAUCAUUUAUUCAUAAUUACAUUAGUUACCAUGUUAAAUCUAGAUAAGCAUGUACAUGUUUUACUAGUUGUGCUAUUUCAGACCUUUAUUGCCGUUUUAGACCAGUUACUGACAGCAGAGGAUUUGUAAUAUUGAGAAUGAAAUAUGUUGUCCUUGAUACACAGGCAACUUUUCAGUACAUCUAAAUACCACAAAACAAGUAUAUUUUAUGCUGUAUAAAAUCAAAAUUCUAUAUGCUUUAUAAUAAGAUGUACAUAUAGCAAUAUGAUGUAAAACUAAGUGUGUUACUAACCGAUAUUAUUGUAACAGUUUGUUCUGAAUACAGUGUAAUGAGACUGUAGUCAUUAAUAAUGUCUCCAGAGCCUAAACACACAAUCUGAGGGUUAAGCUCUAAUAUGUUUAAAACUAUCUUUAUAUGAAUGUAAAGAUUUUGUACGUAAGAGUUAUUAAACUCUUCUUCAGUGAAGUUGA